UGCCUUGAUCAUCUCGCGCUUUCGACGCGACGCAUCUGUUCUACGCCUGGGAAUCUGUCUGAUACCUUUCGAAUUAAUUAUUCCUUCGCGCUACUCCUUUAUUACGCUAUUAACGCUAUGCGUUGUGAUUAUCAUGAGAGAAUAGUAACUUGAUAAUAUUAUUGACAAUAUUAUUAUUAGUAAUAUUUUAAUAUUUAAGAAUCAAUAAUUAGGCCAAUGCCGUCUUAUUGAGAUUUGAGACACUGAUAGGUUUUUAAGUUUUCAGAUAGAUUUCCGAAGGUUACCUUAAAAUACUCAUCUACCUUUAGACUUUUCAAACGUACCAUAAAACAUAGUCACUGACAAUGAGUACUCUUACUCACUAGUUACAGUAAUCUUUAACGUACAAUCCAGAAAUAUCAGUAGAUCUCUGAAGUAAUUCUUGAGUUAACUCUCGCCCUCAUGGUGAGCAUAGGAAUUGUGCAAUGUGAACCACCAUUGAAUACCCAAUACGGUGUCCCAGGGAAUUAUGCUGGAAGCAACAACAACCAUGGAACGUCUGGUGGAAAUGGUCUUGGCAAUCAUCAUUACGACAAUGGGAACGAUAAUGAUUACGUCGAUCAGCCAAUGUCCUACGAAUUCGGAUAUGCAGUGAAAGAUCAAGCAACCGGAAAUGAUUUUGGCAGACGCGAGAGCAGUGAUGGGGAAACUGUAAGAGGAGAAUACAGAGUUCAGUUACCAGAUGGCAGGACACAAAUUGUGACUUACACUGCCGAUUGGAGGACAGGUUUCCAUGCAGAUGUAAGAUACGAGGGUACACCAACCUAUCCUGAUCAGUACAACACUCAGAACAAUGGUUAUAAUAACAAUAACAAUAAUAAUAACCAGGGUGGUGGCCAAGGUUUUGGCUUCCAUGGUAAUAAUGGAGGUGGAGGAUACAACGCAGGCAAUUUAGGUAAUAAUGGAGGCUACAAUUACCAAGCACCAAGUGGAAGCUUCAACAAUGGUAACAAUUAUCCCUAUCGAUUUGGCUCCAACUCGUUGGACAACAGUUAUAACAACUUUGGAGCUCGCAAUAACUAUAAUACGCGGACGCCAUCGACGACGUACGGGCCAGCCUUUAAGAAGUGACUUUAGUACAAUUCCUAUUGUUAGUAUAGGAUAAGAAGCGUCCGUCCUGUAAGAUUAGCGAUUUUGUAAUAAAAACUAUUUUAUCUUUUUA